CUAAGGAGGGAGUGACUGUUUUAGUAUCUGAUGUACGAGUGAACACGCUGCAGCUCCAUGCACUGGUUUAGAUUUAUAUAUAUUUUCUUAUUUAUUUGUGUCGUAGCAGAAGAAGUCAGAGCCGAGUUCUCUCUGGAGCUCCAGAAGCAAAUAUGUUUGCUUGAGCGGUCUGCGGCCUCCGGUUUAGUCUCUUUUUAUUUGUGGUUUUCAUAGGAUCACCCUAUACAUGUUUUAUUCCCUGUAGAGGAUUUUAACAGCAGUUGGAGAGUGAACUGGUGUGCGUGUGCGUGUGCGUGUGCGUGUGUGUGUGUGCGUGUGUGUGUGUGUGUGUAGUCAUGAAGGAAGAGAUCGCUGCGGCCGUGUUCUUUGUCGCUCGCCUGGUGAAGAGGUAUGGUUGUCUGGAUAAUGACAGCAGGGACCGGUUUGCCGCUGCCCUCACCUCCGUUCUGUUUGAAAACUACAAAAACCACUGGUACCCGAAAGCACCGACCAAGGGACAGGCCUACAGGUGUCUGCGUAUGAACCGGGAGCAGCUGAGGGAUCUGGUUCUUCAGCAGGCCUGCAGGCAGAGUGCGGUGCGGUACGAGGAUCUGGGCCUCCCCCUGGAGAUGACGGUGUGGGUCGACCCCGGAGAGGUGUCCUGCAGGUACGGUGAACACAGCACUCCAUUCUGCGUCUCGGUGGUUAACAGUUGUCGACGGGGAGAUGGCGAGUUUUCCCGGCGCAUCCAUGACGCCGUGGAGCGGGCGAGCCUCGACGUCCGAUCGGGAAGCUCUUCAGACGAGGAGGAAGGUGGCGGAGACAACAGCAUGAGUAGCGGCAGCAGCCUCUCGACUCUGUGCUCCUCUCAGGCCCCGCCCACAAAUCCUGAGCCCAAAACCAUCCCGACGGUCAGCAACCCCAACAGCGUGUACAGGUUCAGCGAGUUCUCUCCAGGAGCUCCUCAGCAGUGGCUCAGGGAGAAGAGGAAGGCCUUUGGUGGGGAUGCUUAUCCCCCUCACCCUCCCCCACCCCUUCAUCCUCUCCCCCUUCACCCUCCUCACUCUCCCCCGGCCUCAGUUCCCACCUCCCAGUUCUCCAACCAGAAAGGCUUCAAGUCCUAUCGAGCCACGUUCACCUUCACCGGGCCGCGCGUCGACAAGUACCACUGGGUCAGCAAGUCCCGAUCCUAGAGUGAGUCGAGCCUCAGCGAACGGGAUCGGGGUCUACCGCUUGGGGAUGGGGAACAGGGAGGACGGCCGUGAUGCUGGAUCAGAGAACCUGUUCAGCGGGUUUAAAAAAGUGUCGGGACAGUGAAUGUAAUCUUUAUCUAAUGUGGUUUAAAGUGUAAUGAUUUAAAGUUAUGCUGAUUAAGCAUGUUUUUUAAAGUUAUAUACUAAUCAACUCAUUUUAAAUAAUUCUCCCUUUAUAUGUUUUUAAAACUAAAAUUAAUGUGAGUGUGAAUAAAGUAACAUUUAACUUUGCUCUUUCA